GGAAGGGGGGGAAAGUGUCCGGACAGGAAGGAGGGGGGAAAGUGUCCGGACUGGAAGGGGGGGAAAGUGUCCAGACUGGAAGGGGGUGAAAGUGUCCGGACUGGAAGGGGGGGAAAGUGUCCGGACUGGAAGGGGGGGAAAGUGUCCGGACUGGAAGGGGGGGAAGUGUCCGGACUGGAAGGGGGGGAAGUGUCCGGACUGGAAGGGGGGGGAAAGUGUCUGGACUGGAAGGGGGGGAAAGUGUCCGGACUGGAAGGGGGGGGAAAGUGUCCGGACUGGAAGGGGGGGAAAGUGUCCGGACUGGAAGGGGGGAGAAAGUGUCCGGACUGGAAGGGGGUGAAAGUGUCCGGACUGGAAGGGGGUGAA